GCAGAAAACAGGGUCCAUGGCGCCUUCCUGGAGAUGAGGGAGAGCCUGGGAAGAGCCGCUGCCAGGGCCUCCCCGCCUCCGGCUCUCCUUCCACUCUUGUCCGUAACUCAGAGGGUCAUCAUGGGGACAGCCAGGAACCACCAAAUGGAGCUGAAACUCCCGCUCCUCGAGAAACCUAAGACCCUGAGAAACUACAGCCAGCCUGAGGUUCUCCGUCACACCUUCGAGACUCUGUCCAGCCUUCACAAGUUGCUUCCCAAUCGUCUGAUGGAGCUGCUCCACUCCUGCAAGAGUGAGGAGGACAAGAAAAAAUGUGAGAAUUCUGAAUUCUCUGGCUUAGAAAGGAUCUUGGAAAGACAUCAAUUUCCAAGAGAGAUUAAUCUGACCCCCAAACCAAGCAGUAUGCCCCUGUGGAGAAGAAAACAAAACAACAACGCCAGUCAGGGGUGGAAGAAGUGCCGCCUGUGGCAUAAGAACACAAAGGAGCCUCCAAUGUCAACCAUAGUUGUCAGGUGGCUGAAAAAGAACAUGCGACCCACCGAAGACCUGGCCUCGGUCACGCAGAGGCUGUUGGCGUUUGGGCCGAUCGAGUCGGUGACCCUGUGUGGGCGGCAGAGCGCCGUGGUGGUUUUCAAAGACAUGGUCUCGGCCUGCAACGCGGUGAACGCGUUCCAGAGCAGGGCGCCGGGGAGCAUGUUCCAGUGCGCCUGGCAACAGCCGUUCAUGUCGAGGGAGCUGAGGCUGCCCCCGACCAACAGCCAGCGGAAACUCCCCAGGCGCGUCUGACAUUUGUCCUUCACCAAGGCUCCAGCACAAUACAAUCACAGCACGGGUAUUUGAGCGCUGAAGGAAGGCACAGCGAGCUUUAUUGGGCGCGGGGGCUGACAAGCGUAACCGCGGUAUGACGCUUCCCCGGAGGUGCCCGGUGGGGCCGCCGGCAUCAGAGCUUCGCCUUCCUGGACAGGAAGCUCGCGAUGGCAUUCAUGCACUCGUCUGACAGCCACCUCUCCCUCAGGACGCUGCUUUCUUCAGCGUUGACUGCGUGCAACUUUUCUUUUUCCUGCUUUCUGAUGAUCUGCCUGGAAAUUCUCAAGGCCUGAAAAAUCAAAACCAACAGUUGGCUGAAGAGGUAUUCUAAGAGGAGUUGGGAUCAUUCUAGAAUUCUGACGCUUGUGUGGCUCAUUGUUCCUUUGAUCCUGUGACACCUUAUAAGGGCUGCGUUCUGAGCAGCGAGGACAUGAGGCAGUCACUCACCGGUGGGCGCAUGAAGAAGUGCAAGCAUCCCCGUGAAGCUCACCUGUCUGCCUGCUCACCUGGGCUCCAGGCCAGAAGUCCCAGCAGAGGCGGCCGAUCAGCCUCCUCAGUCACGGCCAGGAGGAACUGCCCUUCUGUCUCCACAUCCCAGGAGUGGAGCAGCCACUGGAAAGCUUUUCGGAGAAAACGUGCUGAGAAGGAAGGAACAUAAUCAGAAAACAAAGGAGCCAAGCUUGCUAAGCGCCACAGACAGCCUGAAGUGCAGCUAUGAUGUCAUGAUACAUCUGCGUGAAAGAGGAAAGACGAGGAAAGGAGAAAACUGAAAAUGAUCAUCCCUACCCAGGGGGUCCUCUCCACGUCGAUCUGCAAGCCCGCUCUCUUCAAACUGCCAAGUGCUUACCUCGGCUGUAUUUACAGAACCCAAAAGGAUGCUGACACGCUACGGUUUUUGAGUGAAACAGAGGAAGCCAAGUAAAGCAGGACAGACUCCCGGGGCAGACAGCGUUA